UCUGGAACAGUUGGCGGAGAAACUGCAUCAUCCUCUCUAAUGAUCCGUUUCCGCCCCCAGGGAAUAAAGGCUCAGUGACGGCCAGUUCUGCUCUGGAGCUCACCUGCCUCUCUGAGCCCCCAGCCGACUGGCUUGUGCCUCCCCCAGGAUGGACACGUGGACGGUGCUGCUCGUCCUGCAAGCCUCGCUGGUGCUCCCCCUGGUGCUCCCCCGGGCUGCCGGCACCAGUACCAACACCCGCACCGCCCCCGCCCCUGUCCUGCGCUUUGUUGCCGUGGGUGACUGGGGAGGGGUCCCCAAUGCCCCGUUCUACACAGCCCGGGAAAUGGCCAAUGCCAAGGAGAUUGCCAGGACCGUGCAGAUCCUGGGCGCAGACUUCGUCCUGUCCCUGGGGGACAAUUUCUACUUCACUGGCGUGCAGGAUGCCAACGACAAGAGGUUCCAGGAGACCUUUGAGGAUGUGUUCUCUGCCUCCUCACUCCGCAACGUGCCCUGGCACGUGCUGGCUGGCAACCACGACCAUCUGGGGAACGUCUCGGCACAGAUAGCCUACUCCAGGAUCUCCAAGCGCUGGAACUUCCCCAGCCCUUACUACCGCCUGCGCUUCAAGAUCCCACGGUCCAACGUGUCCGUGGCCAUCUUCAUGCUGGACACAGUGACACUGUGUGGGAACUCGGACGACUUUGCCAGCCAGCAGCCCGAGAGGCCCCGCAACCUGGCAAUGGCCCGCACGCAGCUGGCCUGGAUCAAGAAGCAGCUGGCGGCGGCCAAGGAGGACUACGUGCUGGUGGCCGGCCACUACCCCGUGUGGUCCAUCGCCGAGCACGGGCCCACCCACUGCCUGGUCAAGCAACUGCUGCCACUGCUGAGCACGCACAAGGUCACCGCCUACCUGUGUGGCCACGAUCACAACCUGCAGUACCUUCAGGAUGAGAAUGGCGUGGGCUUCGUGCUGAGCGGGGCCGGGAACUUCAUGGACCCCUCGAAGAAGCACCUGCGCAAGGUCCCCAACGGCUACCUGCGCUUCCACUACGGGGCCGAGAACUCACUGGGUGGCUUCGCCUACGUUGAGAUCAGCCCCAAAGAGAUGAGUAUCACUUACAUCGAGGCCUCGGGCAAGUCCCUCUUCAAGACCAAGUUGCCAAGGCAAGCCAGGUCUGAGCACCAGCACCGACGGGGGCUCCACGUUGGGGCCUGAGUUAGGGGCGCCUCCCUGCUGGUGGGUGAGUGGGCCCCGCUGGGACCCCCUGCCCACGGGCAGGCUUUCUCAAGGGCCGGUGGUACUACGGCAGAGCGGGAAGGAGAAGGACAGAUGAGAAACUGUGGUGCCACAUGGCCUUUGUGACAAGGAUGCCCACAUACGUGAAAGAAGCAUGGACAUGUGUUCCGGCCAGAGUGCCAGGCCCCUUGGCCGGGCUCGCCCAGCCUGAGUUCUGGGCAUUGGGGGACAGUGAGGGAAAACCCUCCCCUGGAUCAGGCAUCCUUCUGUCACUGCCAAAUAGUCAAUAAAAAAAAUAGUUGCAGAGGCUGAA